AUACCGGUCCGCGCCGCGCGGUGUGCACUGCAGUUACUGGGCCAGGCGCGCGUGUGUGAUUUUCUCUCUUCUUCGUCGGUCGUCGUCGUCUCCUUCUUCUUCUUACUUACUUACGGUGAUCGGCAAAUCGUCGUGACUGUUUUCUCUCGUCGACAAGCACGUCGGCCGAGCCACGAUGCUCAUCGGCGUCGAAUAAUCACGGCAUACGCGCGUGUGGAAAAAGCACUUGCUGGUUGCCGCUGAACGAGAGCGAGCGUGCGCGCGCGCGCACGCCUCUGUGUCAUCGGCCACGUACAAUUAAAUCACGCAGUUCGCGCGAGUGUACUGUCACGCUAGGACCACAGUUUCCACCGGCAGAUUACCGCAUCUCCGUCGGACAAGCUACACCAAAUUCCCAAAGCGUGCGAUAUCGCAAGUGUGGCAUUUCCGCCCGGUGGUGCACGGUCGCAACGUGAUUAACAGUGACGAUUGUUGGAACAGUGAUCGAGAACGCGAAGCGCCCGCCCCGUCGCAGUGCAAAGAACGAUUACCCCGAUGGCCAGUUUAUUCGAUCACGGACAACGUUGCCGUAGAUCGAGCUGACCCGUACGAAACUACCUGUGUAUGACUUUGGUGCAUCUUGUCGAAUAUACGAUCCUUGAAAUUGGAUUCGGUUCCGUGAAGGCUACGCGGGUGAAGUGCUCAGUGAUCUAACUGUAACCCAGACUACUUGGCGGAGAAUACAAAACUAGUGGAUUGGUGUACACGUGAGAGAAACAAUGAACUAGAUCUAGUGACAAUUUGAACAUCAUACUGCAGUUGGUUCUAAAGUGAAGAGAUCACGUAAAACAGCUCCCUUGAAGGAUCAUCAUCGAUCAUCGCCUCAUAAGUCUAUCGAAUAUUCAACACCGAUAAAGGCAUUCAAAUCAUCCGCAGUCUGAAAGGAAGUAAACGAGGAAUAUGCAAAGGUCGCCUGUUUAUGGGGAAUUAACAUCGUACCCAUAAGCGAUCGAUUAAUCAAUAGUGAGCAGUCGUGAAAGGUGAAACAGAGGCCGCAAGAUUCGGGCCCCGUACGGCGUUCGCGCGACGGCGGCGGCGACGACGUCGUCGGCGAGUUUGUCCGCGAGAACCGUAGGCUGUGGCGGCGGCAUCGACGUCGCGACUAAGGUGGAGCGUCCGGGCAGCACGACGACGCUCAACUUCACGGACCUGGGGAGCCCAUUCGGGGCGGGCGACCCCUGUCCGUCUAGUACCCCGACCCCGAAUAGUAUGUCGGGAGGCGGUGGACCGUCUGGAGGCGGCGGUGGUGGCGGUGGCGGUGGUGCAGGUGCCGGAGGCGGUGGUUCCGACAUGGAACAGCAUCUUCAUCACACGGGAUUGGGCUCGGUGACACCUGGACCACCUGGUGGAAACGGUGGCGAUAGUACAACGUCGAGCACGCCUGUCUCACAAAGUGGAAAAUCGGCAUUUAUCGAGUUACAACACAACAAUCUGUACAAUCCCGCCAGUCUACGUGGUGGUUAUCCCGGAGGACACAAUGUGCCUGGUGCUCAUCAAUUCCCGCAUCAAGUCGGCGCGCUAAGUCAUCAAACGUCCGGACCAGGUAGCGGGAACCAACAACACGCGGAUGCAGGAUUCCCCAGUCCUAGGUCCGCGCUAGCCGGAUAUCCGUUCGCGCCCAUGCACCAGCACAACGCCUACGGAUAUCACCUGGGAUCGUACGCGCCCCAGUGCCCCUCACCGCCCAAGGACGGGUGGUGCAUGUUCGCAGACCUCUCGCCAUUGGGUGACAAGGGUGGCAGUCUCGUCGAUGAGCUCGGCGGUGGUGGCGGCGGUUCCUUGAGGAACGGUAAAGGCAAGAAGAUGAGGAAGCCAAGGACUAUUUAUAGUAGUCUUCAGUUGCAACAGCUUAACAGGCGGUUCCAGAGAACACAAUAUCUCGCGCUACCAGAAAGAGCGGAGCUCGCGGCGAGUCUUGGACUGACGCAAACCCAGGUGAAAAUCUGGUUCCAGAAUAGAAGAAGUAAAUACAAGAAGAUGAUGAAGGCGGCGCAGCAGGGCGGCGGUGGCGGCGGAGGGCAACACAGCAGCCUUCUAGCCGGUGGAACCGCUCUACCCGGAGGACCAUCCCCUCAACCGGGUCAACCAGGAAGUCUCAUGCAAGGAGGAGGCGGAAGUUCCGUGUCGGGCAGUCCGACGACGGGCUAUCUCGGUGGCAUGGGAGGCGGCGCAGGGGGUCACACCCCCGGUAGUUCGAGCCCCGGAAGCGAGAUGUCGCCUCAGCACAACGAGAGCCCGCCCGCACCCUCUUGGCCGGGCGAGAUGAAGCACCAUCCGCAUCCGCACGCGCCACCGCACACCCACCAUCACCCCCAUACGCCUGGCCACCAUCCACCGCCGCCACCGCCGCCGCCGCACCACGCGGGUUACAUGCCACAGUACUCCUGGUACCAAGCGGAUCCUAAUCCCGGACUACUCACGGUGUGGCCGGCGGUUUAACGAAGAUGUCCUUCGAGCUGUGUUCAGGAGGAACCGCUUCUCCGUAGCACCGCGGACGUGCCAGCGCCCCUGCCCCAAAGUGUGAAUACAUAUAGCACCUGUCGCGAUGGACUUCGCGUUCGAUGUUAAUAAAUUGUUUCUAUUUCUUAACGAGAGCCACGUGUUCACCGACCGGUUUUCCGGUCUACGACAAAUUGGUCGUCCGUCGUUACGACGAAAAAUCAAAGCGUCGCGAUCCUAUGAUCUAUAGGGAACCAAUCGCGAUGAUAGUAAGUUGAAAGAACGCAGUUGUCCUGCAUCGACGAGAAUGAACGAAUUUUUCGUGAAACGAAAACGUUCGGUAGAGAAUCGAAUUCACGUACGAUUAUGCAUCGCGAAUGGCGAUUCGCAAAUGAUGCACGACUCGAUGUUCACGUCGAUGGAAUUUAUAUGAAACGUCUAUCGACGGCGAUGAACGAUCAUGCUUUACCUGUAAAUGAAAUCAUCGAAGAGAGGGGAAAAAGGACGGCCGAAAAAUCGUACGAUAGAUAACGACGACGUACGUAUCAUCGAAUAGAUGUAAUAGAAUCUCCUCGAUCGGAGAUCGACGGCAGAUCGUCCGCGUCCGCCUCGCGAGCUUACCGAUCGCUCUUCGUCGUCGAACGCACGGAACCAGGCAAAACCAGCUGACGAUCGAUCGAUCUAACCGAGGCUGAAUUAUCGAUAGAAUUUCAAUGAUCGUGGAACGAUUAACAAAGUAAUCAGGAACAGUUUCCGCCGUUUCGUUAAAUGUCAAGAUAGCGAUCGGCUCUUCGUCGAGCUGUUGGCAAAUUAUCCAUCGGAUGGUUCUCGCGGACCAAGGAUAUUUUCGCCACCUGAAGGAGAGGACACGAUGUUUUGCGUUCUAAACGAUUCACAACGAUUCCUCGGUUUCCUUCGUAAAUGUCAAUCUGUUUGUUAGAUGACGUUAGAUCGGUCGAUCCUUUGUGACAGUUGCCCAACCGAGGCGGCUGACCCACUUCGUGCUCUGGAAGCUGGAUCUCGUCGGAUCAAACGGCAACAGAGCGAGAAGAGGACAGAAAGGCGGAGAAGCAGAAAGGGUAACCGCGAAAGGGGACAGAAAGAAGGACGGACAGAGACGAGACGGGCGAAAGAUGGAGAAAGACGGUUUACGGAGAUAGAGAGAGAAAGAAAGAAAUAUUGCACAAACUCGUCGUCGAGAAACAGUCGUUCCUCAAGGCGGUUGGAAGUAAUGAAAUCCUAAUGACAUUUUCGUGAGUCAAACGAUCUCGGCAAUCACGGUGGCGCGCUGUAAUCACCGGUCCCUCCUUUCCGGAUGAAGCAACCGAACGCGGUGGACCCUCCUCCGAAAAGGAGCGGAGGACACGAAGAGAUACGCGCGAUUUACCACGAAACCCGAGGCCGUGCACAGUCAGUGGAAAAAAUCAUUAUCUCGGUCGACGACGCGACGGACAGUUCUGACAAGUGCGCGUUCAUUAAAUUCGUGAAAAAAAGAAGGAAAAAGAAAAAACGAAACAUUCGUGAAAGCACGGUCUCUGGUCCAUCGUGGCUCGAUGGAACAUCAAGCGGAAACAUCUGUCGCGGAGACAGUCUCCGCGAUCUCGUGAAAUCUUUCUCUCCUCUGACCCGUAUAUAGCUCGUUCGAAAGAUUCGACUUCUUUCGGGAAUAAAUCCUGCCGCCCUCUCUGUUCGUAAUUCUUCAUCGAACAACCUUCAAUCUCGUACCUAGAGGAUGCAUCGAGAAAACGAAAAGGGUUUUACGCUGUUUUUACCGUUUCCCGUCGGCCAUGCUGAAGAUCUCCACCCUUUUGCCAUCUUUGCCAUCACCGGCCAACGAUAUAGCUAGCUUUCAAAGAGACGCCACGAAACCGCAGGAAAAGAGAACGAACGUUUGCGGUUUGCGACUAGGGGAAACUGGGAGGGUCGGUGAGCCCCACCGCUGACCCAAAUCCUCCGGCGUAUCGGUGUAACAAUGGUCGUCUCAUGAGAACGCGGUCUCGCACGGUCCCUUUACUUCCUCAUUCUGCCUUCUUUUUCGCCUCCGGAGAUGCCACCGUUCUGGCCGAGAACGAACUCGAGGAAUCGCGAAACCUUAACAAAACUACGUCGAAAAAAUCUCGACUUUCUCGGAUGUCCAAUCUCAACUAUAACGUCUAUUUUGGCUUUGAAAUUAUAUUAUUACAUUUCCUUUUACAUUUAAAUUGAAUCGUUCUACAUUUCAAAUCGAUAGAUCUUUUUUUAUCGUCGAUAUUCCAAAUCCUACUCAAUUGUUCGCCUUUUUUGAUGGAUAUUACUUAAACUUUACCAAAUAUUAUUUAACAACCUAUUUUUUGCGUUCAAUAUAUCUAAAUUAUGUGUCAAUGAUAUGCUUUUGGUAAUCGAUACAUACAAAUUCAAUUGAAACGACAAAUUUUCUAUGAUCGACGAAUGCAAAUUUUACCGCAAAGGUUUCCUUUUUAUGAUCGAUAUCCUCAAAUUCUAUUUCGGUUAAAAAAAAAUUCAUCUUUCGAUGGACAAACGUAAACGACAAACAGGUCUCGAGCUUGUUCCGACGGAGUUACGUUUCGUGUUUCCCCGGCGACCUCCGUUAGAAUAUUUCCUCGAGCGCGCUCGAGCUUUCCCAUCGUGAAACUCUCGACAUGGGAACAGAGUACAAAGCCAGUUUCACGCCGCUGGACAUCUGGAGCCAUCGCGUGUUACCUCGAAAUCCGCGAGAAAGAAGUAGCCUGAAGCUAGCGAACGAGCAGAGAAGGGAAACGACCGGCGACGAGCAAGAUCUGCGUCGACGUGUUUUCUCUCCCCUUGUAUCUUCUAUCCUGGUCGAAAUUUUUCCCAUCGUUGCGGCUUUACUCGUCGUGUUCGUCGUUGUCGUUCGACAAUCUGGACGCGAUAUCACGGCUCCGGAUUCAGCGCGAUGAUGACGAGAGAUGACGAACAACGAUUCCCUCCGUGUAUAUGUACUAAUAAGUGCCGUUAGAUUUCGACCACAGAGGCUGCGAGGCGCGGAACGGCGACGGAACAGCGGUUCUUGCGUUUAGAUUCGGUGCAAUAAGGAGGCGUGUGCGUGUAUAAUUUAAGACGAAGCUCCCUCAGUUCCUAAAUUGCGUGUAGAGUGAAUUGCGAAAAAACAGCGUAAAACGAUUCGAUUCGCGCGGCGAACUGGACGAAAGUGUUUUGCCCGGCGAUUCUCGCAAACGCGUUAAAAGACACAUCCUUCCUGUAACCCGUUAUUCCAAUUUUUUUCCGCGCGUAUUUUUCGUCCCAAGAUCUCGGCAAGAAAAGGAAAGAGAAGGAGAAAAUAAAAUAAAAAAAAAAAAAAAAUAAAAAAAGGAAGAGAAAAAGAACGUUGAAGAGGGAAGCGCCCUGUGACAGUGUGUCGGUCACUUGCAAGAGCGUAACGUGCUGCAGUUUAGCUUUGUCACGCUUUCGUCGAGUUCGCGGGAUAAUAGAACGUUGGCCGAGGACGAGCGAAACGGACUUUAACGCGAUGGAAAACGAAGAGAGGCGCGCGAGAUGAGAAGAAAUAUAAUGGAAUGACAAACAUCAUACGGAAUAACGGAGAAGAAAAUGAUAAAUAUAUAUUGGAGACGAAGAAAACGAGAAGAGAGGAGUCCGUAGAAUUUACUAGCGUUACUAGUCCCGGUGCAAGUAAGCGGGGAUCGAAUCGAGCGGCGUGAAACAGAUUUAUAAAUGAUCGAUCCCUUCUGGUGCGUGUAAAUAUUGCACCGGGGCCCACCCCUGUUAGCACGUAAGCCGUAAAACAAGUGAAAAAAAUCUGUGUAUAAUACUAUAUUGUGAUAAGAUGUGUAAAGAUACGAGAGAACGGGAGAGUGUGUGUGUGCGUAUGAGAGAGAGAGAGAGAGAUAGAAAGCCAGAAAUCGUCUAUAUACAUAUAGGUUAAUAAAAACACGGCAGACCCCAGUUUAUCAAUUUUAUCGAGUACCCUUGUACGAAUAUAGAUACUACGAGGACUAAAAUACCUUAAUUAUGAUUACUAUUGUAUAAAAUAUGAAUAAUAACUAAUUAAUUCAAUUUAAA